CACGAGGUUUUGGUAUCCUCGGCAACAUCACGAAAUUAGCCGCUCUUUUGGUUGUUAAGAAGAUUAUAAUAUACCCAUUUAAUUUGGUUUGUGUUGCUGCCACUGUUCUCUGAUUAUAGACGAUCAUUUUAAUUCUUGACAUUUCUACCAGACAUCGACACAAAAGAGGAAUGUAAAGCAACUAGCAGCAAAACGAACACUUUACUGCUUCCCAAGCAGAGCUAGCCAAAGAAACAUUUUUCCUCUGUUCUCUUUGUUAGGAAAUAAACAAUGACAACCCUGACAAGACAAGACCUUAACUUUGGACAAGUGGUUGCUGAUAUUUUGUGUGAGUUCCUGGAGGUCGCCAUUCAUCUCAUCCUGUACGUGCGUGAAGUCUAUCCCUCUGGAAUAUUUCAGAAGAGGAAGAAAUACAAUGUACCCGUGCAGAUGUCUUGUCACCCUGAGCUGAAUCAGUACAUCCAAGACACUUUACAUUGUGUGAAGCCGCUCAUCGAGAAGAACGAUGCAGAGAAGGUGGUCGUGGUCAUCAUGGACAAAGAGCAUCAUCCGGUCGAGAGAUUUGUGUUUGAGAUCUUCCAACCUCCUCUGCUGUCAAUCAGGUUUCCGUCCUCAUUUUGGACCAGCAAUACCCGAAAAGAUUUUCCAUGGAUCGUCGYAGACGAGCAGGAAGUUCACAUGAAGGAGCCGAGACUCAUUCCACUGAAGUCCAUGACGUCCGACAUAGUGAAGAUGCAGCUCUACGUGGAGGAGAGAGCCCAGAAAACGUAG